AAAGCAUCGCACUGUCCACGCCUUUGCAAUUAACACAGUUACUUAGCACCAUAAUCAGGGCUAAAAGAUUCAAUCCUAGCCGUAGGAGGUUUGAAGGCGGGUGGAUGUAGUGAAAAAAUAAUAAUUAAAGAAACUGAAAUAAAAAGAAGAGGAUGGUGAGAGAGCCACGUCUUGAUCAACAGCAACAACAAGAAUCUUCUUCUUCCAAAGACUCUUCUUUGCCUACAUCCCUUAUCAGAAUUUUGUAUAGUGGCCACUUUUUAGCGAGAUGGGAUGCCAGAAUGUGGGAAUUCUCUGUUGGUUUAUACAUGAUCACUCUUUGGCCGGAUUCUUUAAUCCUUCCUGCUAUUUAUGGUGCCAUUGAAUGUGCUUCUACUGCAUUGUUUGGUCCCAUCAUCGGACAAUGGGUGCAGAGGUCGACAUAUUUUAAGGUUCUCCGAAUUUGGUUGGUGACCCAGAAUUUUUCCUUUAUAAUAGCUGGAUGCACGGUAAUCACAUUACUGUUCUAUCCGGCAUUGAAGUCGACAAAUUUCAUAGUAUUCAUUUUGCUUGUGAUAUUAACCAACAUCUCUGGAGCUACUGGUGUGCUUUCCACUCUUGCCGGUACCAUCUUAAUAGAAAGAGAAUGGGUGGUGUUGAUAUCAGAAGGCCAUACGCCUGAUGUACUAACAAAGAUCAACUCAACUAUGAGACGAAUUGAUUUAACCUGCAAGCUUCUUGCUCCUGUUAUCAGUGGCCUCAUAAUGAGCUUUAUAUCAGUUAAAGCCUCUGCUAUGACUUUAGCCAUCUGGAAUACUGUUGCAGUGUGGCUGGAAUAUUGGCUUUUCACAUCUGUAUAUACUGGCAUUCCAGCUUUAGCUGAAAGCAGCCAAGGGAGGAUUUCGCGACUUUCACCAAGUGAUACGGUAGAGAUGGCAUCUACUUCUGCAGAAAGAGUAGGCUUGAUUUCUCAAAGCGAUGAAGUUUCAGUUUCAGUUUCAGUGGAAAUUGGAUGGAGAAGGAGAUUAACUGAUUGGUUUUCAAAAACGCCUUUUGUUGGUGCUUGGAGUGUGUAUUCUCAGCAAGAUGUUGUGCUCCCUGGAGUAGCUCUGGCUUUGUUAUAUUUCACAGCCCUCAGCUUUGGCACCUUGAUGACAGCUACUUUGGAAUGGAGAGGGAUACCUGCAUUUGUGAUUGGAAUAGCCCGUGGAAUAAGCGCUGUAAUUGGCAUAGCUGCAACAGUUUUGUACCCAAUUUUACAAUCUCAUGUCUCAACUCUCAGACCAGGAUUGUGGGCAAUCUGGUCUCAGUGGACCUGCCUUCUUAUAUGUGUUGCUUCAAUAUGGGUCCGAAAUCAUCUUUCAUCGGCAUACAUGCUGAUGGCUGGAGUAGCAACAUCUCGGCUGGGCUUAUGGAUGUUUGACUUAUCUGUAAUUCAACAAAUGCAGGAUCAAGUUCCCGAAUCUGAUCGGUGUGUUGUUGGAGGUGUUCAAAACUCUCUCCAAUCUACUAUGGACAUGUUGAGUUAUAUCAUGGGCAUGAUCAUCUCCAACCCUCAGGUUUCCAUGCUUUACAGCUUUACUCACACAGUUUACCAUUUGCAUGGUCGUUCAGGAUUUCUGGGAGUUGAUUCUGUUGUCCUUUUCGGCAGUAACAUUUGCUGCAUUGCUCUAUAGCACGCAUCUUUAUCGAGUUCGGAAACACCUCUUUCACUUACCUCUUUCACUUUGAGAAAUUGUUCGUGUUGCUAGAAUGGGUAAUCAGAUCAUCACCUGAAGAUUUACUGUAAUCAGAUCUUCCUAGGUAGGGUUUAAUGAUUGAUACCUACAGCCAGUCAAUUACCAGCCUGCUGCUCUGCCACUAAGCUGCUAAAGAUCAACAGAAGAUUAGGCCUCAUAGAUUUCAAUUCUCACUCUCACUACAUGACCACUCAAAUGCUUUAACUCGGGGAACUGGGGUACUUUUUUGUUGCCUAGAACAGCAGGGCAAUUUUGUUACUAACAUCUUUCUGCUAUUAGACUGUCAAUAAAUGAGGCAUUCCAAUCAAGCUCUAUGUGGCACUGUGUUAUGCAAGCCAAAGUUAGGUCAUGUACAAUCCCAAUCCUUAAGAAUUUCUAUAAUAUGAUGUGACUUAUUCUUUGAAAAGAACAUGAGCACUUUUCUUGUAAUUGUAAAGCAAUUUUCAACUUGAACUUUAGGAAAACAUCAUAUCCUGUCAUGUACUCCUUUUAGAAAAACGGAAAGUAAUCAUUCUCUCGGCCA